UGAAAGCAUCAAAUACUGUAAUUGUCCACUUAUCCUUACAUCCUCCGUUAAACAAUUGGUAUAAUCGUAACUGUUAGGUGUUGUCAAACAGAAACCACUAAUCAUAACCCAUCGGCCGCGUGCAUAAUUAAUCGCGGCCUAGCGUAGAUGUUGUAGACCGAUUGUCAACAUAUCCACCCACUCUAUAAACAUAGGGCUUUUGGCAUAACAAUUUUGUAGAAUUAUACACCAAGAACAGGACACUGCGCCUCCCAUCUCCAAUACUUAACACAGGCUUGUCACCUUCAAAACGAGAGUACGUUCUAAUAGAGCCAUUUUAGGUGCAAGUCAGUCAGUCAAUCAGUCAGUCCUUGAACCAGUGCCACGCAGUGCCCUUAGGGAGCAGGUGUUGGAAAGCGCACGACGAUGGUAAACCUUUUCGCCCGGACGCCGGCCGACAACUUCCGCGUGAUGCCGUACAAUCUGCGCCUGUUCGCGAUGCUCGGCCUGUGGGGCGACCGGCGCAAGCUGUACCGGCUGUACGUGCUGCUGCUGCUUGCGUACGUGGCCAUCAUCUUCCCGAAGCCGGUGCGCAUCACCGACCGGCACCCGUUCGAGUCGAUUGUGCGAAGCGUGUCCGAGCUGAUCUUUGCCGCGCUCUGCUACCUGACAAUCAUCAUCCUGGCCAUCAAGUCGGAACCGUUCCGGGCGGUGAUUCGCAAGCUGGAGCAGGCACUGGAGCUGUGUACGUGCGCGUGUGCUCGUUGCUGUUGUUGGACCCCGAUUCCCGCAACAACACACAAAAAAAAACAACUCAAACUACAAUCUUUCCCCUCUGCAGUUCGCGACAAGCAGGACCAGUGCAGUCAGCUGAUCAUCGAGGUGAACGCUAACAUUCAUCGGUUUAGCCUCGGCUACGCCAAGCUGAACCUGCUGUACGUACUGCUGUUCAAUGUAAUUCCACCGAUCUACAACUAUCCGCGCUACUUCCUCCAGUGGCGCAUGCCGGAGGGCAACCGGACGGUCGAGUUCAUGCUGCCCCUCAUGCAGGAUCUGUACGGGUUGGAUGUACAUCACAACAUCGUGCACUACACCAUCUCUUGGGUGGCCAUCACCCCGUUCUGUGUGUUCUUCGCGCUUAUCCUCUGGUUCAAGGGUGCACUGUUUAUGCUGAUCCGCUACAACACACUGCUCUAUCAGCUCGUCAACCGGCUGCUGCAGCAGUACGAUCGUGAGUCGGCCGGUGGACUUUUGGCGCAGAAGCACCGCCGGCUGCAGCAAAUUGUCCAGCUGCACUACCGUGCGAUCGAGUGUACCAAGCUGCUGGACAGCAUCCUGAGCCUGAUACUGCUGAUCCAGUGUAUCGGCUGUUUGCUGAUACUCUGCCUGAUGCUGUUCUACAUCACGCGCAACCACAGCUUGAACGUGAUCAACAUUGCAGUGCUGCUGAUGUCCAUCUUCAUCGAGAUGUUGUGCUUCUCCUACCUGGGAAACCAGCUUACGGAAGAGAAUGCCAACAUCAGCCAUUCCGCCUUCAACUGCCGCUGGUACGACGAGCCGAUCGUGAUACGGAAGUACUUUCUGCGCAUCAUCCUGCAGGCCCACCGCAAGGCGACGAUAACGGCCGGCAAGUUUUACAACGUUAACAUUGUGACGUUUGCGCAACUUAUUAAAACCUCCUAUACGUACUACAUGAUCAUGAAGGAAAUGUUCUAAACCGCAACAUUGUCACGCAAGUGCGACAAGUGCGCGAUCCUCUUUCAGUCAACGCAGCCCUCACAUACGCAACAAAAUACGCUACAGCAUCGAGACGCGUACGUACGCGACAAAAACUGUCAUUAAAAUGUAAUCAAAAUUAAGGACCCGAUUGGCACUUGGGUAGUAAAAAAAGGC